CUUCAGUCACCAUGGUGAGAAUAUCCAUAGUUACUGUCUAUAGAUUUCUCUGAUCACAUACCCAGGUCCCCUCCAGCAACGCCCCUUUCCGCCCCUCCCCACUCUCCUUCAAUUCCCCUCGUGCAUCGCCUUUUCGACGUCCUUCCACCCCGAACUCUCCUCCAACACAAGCCCGUCCUACAACACCAGGGAGCUCGCCAAGCAGGGGGUUUAUGCCCGUAGUAUCGCCCAGCAAACUGAACCAGUCUUACACCGUUCAAGAUCACCAAGAUGCCUCCCCCAAGAGCCGAGAGCCGAUUCCCCAGCCGCGGUUUACCAGAGAUCCCCCGUCAUCCCCAAGCAGAGGGGCCAGCGCUCUGGGUUCCUCACCGUCGAGCAUGGAGGCGAAAACGACUAGUAUGAUGGCAGCGACUUCCGACGCAGCGGCUAGGCUAGCGCCCGCACAACUCAGAGAGAUUCGGGAAGCUUUUCAGGUUCUGGAUAGGGACAACGAUGGGUUUGUGGAUAAGGAUGAUGUGGCCGAUGUGCUUUCGAAUGUUGGCCUAGACUCAUCGUCUCUAUCGCAGUUCUUCCCUCCGGGCAGUGCUUCAACGAUAAACUUCCCUACUUUCUUAAACACUCUCUCGCAACUCCUCUCCCCGCUGUCUUCAAGACAAGAACUACUCAAUGCUCUAGCAGCAUUCGAUGAAGACGACAGCGGUCAGAUUGAUGUUGAAGAACUACGUGAUGCCCUUCUACACACAGCCCCAGAAGACGGGGAGCGUCCCCUGACAGAGCGCGAAGUCAAUGAGGUUCUUAAUGGGUUUACAAGCCGUCGGGCCUUUAGAGGGAAGGGUGGCAAGACUCAGGGAACCGGAAAAAGAGGAGAAGUGCUGAAUUAUCAGGAGUUCCUGAAUACAGUGAUGGGCGGAGCGGAAAAUGGACAAGCGGCGAAACCGAAGUGA